UAUAUAUAUAUAUAUAUACAAAUACAACAUCUGCAUACAAAAAAUAUAUAUAUUAAUUCAUUGCAAAGACAACGUCUGCACACAUAGAUAGAUCGAUAAAUUUUGAGCAUGAAGUGCUUAUAUCAAAAUUAUAUUUUAUUCAUUGGACUACAAGUUCUACUUAGUGAGGCUCAAAGACCAUCUUUUGCUGGCAUACGACCACCGGAUGGACUCAAUCAAUUGGAUAAAUACAUUUUGAAUAGUCAAGCAAAUAGAGAAAAUAAUAGCAACAACAAUAACGAUGACGGUAUAGAAAACCGUUUUGGCAAAGUUGAUGUUGCAAUUGCAACCAAUGAAAUACCUUACGGCCAGACACAAAAACCACCAGUUGGCUUACCGGUGGUAUUAGCAGAGCCAGUUAAUACGAUUCUAUUACCGCCGCAAGUAUCCAAUAAUGUGGCAUUUAGUGGACGUUUUGGUGAAACUGAUAAUGAAAGUACUGCGUCGACGAUUGCAUCUACAACUAUGCAAAAAUUGCCAUUAGACGCUCAAGGUGAUCAAUUAUUAAUAGAUCGAUUGAAUCGUUUACCCGAAGAUAGAAGACCAUUUUGGCUUUUAAAUUAUCAAGCAAUUGAGGCUCAACGAAAUAGCUCUGUAGCAAAUGUUGCCGGCGGAUCGAGGGGUCGUAGCCCUUUUGCCGGUUAAAUUUAAUUUAUUUAAAUUUAUGUUAAAAGUAUUAUUAUUGUUUGUAAUGAGACCAAUCGUUUCAAGAAAAUAUUGUUAAUUAAAUAAAAACGCCUUGCC